AAAAGACCUGAAUUAACAUAUUAUAGUAAAUUAAAAAUACUUAACGUAGACUUAUAUGAUUUCAAGGAAAAAAGACAUUCAAUUCAUAUAUCGGAAUACGCAUGGAAAGUUAAUGAUAAAUCCACUCUUUUAAGUGUGGAUGAAAAUGGACUUAUAGUAAAUUAUAUUGAGCGUGGUGAAAAUAUAAAAGACGCUGUAAUUCGUGCGGAUAAUCCAGUUCCAUCAGAAUGCGAAUUAUUUUAUUUUGAAACUGAUAUUAUAAAGGAAGGAACUAUCGCAAUUGGAUUUUGCUCAAAUUUCGAUAAAAUAAAUAAAAUGCCCGGUAAUUACUUACUUUUAUGA